AAAUUACUUGACAAUGAAGUAUAUAAGCCUACUGCUAUUUUAUGCUAUUUGCUAUCAUACCGUGAUCGCAGCACAUCUAAACGAAAGUGAUUAUACUCAGUUUUCUCAGUUUCUUUCAGCUAUGCUUGCUCGAGAAUCACCUUCAUCUGUUUUCCCCGCUAUAUCACAUCCAUACCCACCUAUUUAUGCGGAUACUAGCUUCAAAAAGCCUGUUCCAACAAACUCUUGGAUUAGCAACUUAUUUUAUCCUAGCACGGGCAACCUUGCUCCUACAACACCAGAUCCUUAUAUAUUAAGGCUUUUAGAUGACUUUGGAGGAAAUCCUGGAUUGUCUAUAUCUCAGCCUUCACAAAAGGUCAUUGGUUCCUACAGUUCUAUGAAUAAUGUACCAGAAACACCUGCAGGAUACAUUGUCAACGGUGUUGUUGUAGAUUUUCGAGUAACCUCAGCUGAAUGGAAGGAUCAGAGACCAGAACCUCUGAUUACCAACUGGGACCUGUUUGGAACCAACAUCAGAUUACAGAGUAAAUCGGGAAGUAUCGAUUUCCCGGUCGCUAGAGGAAUGUCAUAUGUUACCGCAUUAUAUAAUGAUUUGACUCCCCAGUUCUUUACACAGCACGCUAUUCUUCAAGUGAGCUCUGAUAUGUUUCAGUCAAACGACACAUAUACUGGAAGGAAGUUUAAAUUAUCGUUCAAUGAUAAUCCUACUAGUACCUUUAUCAUUUACGCCUUGGGUAAAGAGCCAUUGACCUUGCAGAAGAUUGGCAAUAAUAACUUGGUAGCGGCCAACAAGUACAAUGGUCCCAUACAAGUAACAAAGCUUCCCAGUAAAGAGAGCGAAAUUGUGUUAGAUUUCAAUAGAGGAACAUGGGCAACUGGAGGUGAUAUUAAGCUUGAUCUAAACAGAAAUUCCUACACGAUCGAAUGGAAACAAGGAGGAAAUCGUUCCAAAAAUUUGUUAAUGUACGCCUACCCUCACCAUAUGAAGUCGUUUAUCAGAGAUGGUAGUUUGAAAAAAACCAACCUUAAGCUUCAGUCAUCUACAAAAGGAAUAAUGCAAGCUGUUGUUGGAAACGUUUGGACCCUGCUUGAAAAGAAUGUGAGCAGCAUUGACUGGCUUCCGUCUAACCCAACUCCUGAAGCGUCUACGCGAAAUGAGAUUAUGGAAAACUUAGUAUCUGAUGUUCGUUUAAACUACACGGAAGAAACGCUCAAGGGUGACAACUAUUUUUCUGGAAAAGGUUUGCAAAAGUUGGCCAUACUCUCUUUACUCUUAAAUAAGCCAAAUCAGACCGCUUUAAAAAAUCAAGAGCUUGCUGAAGAGUCACUAAACAAAAUCAAAGCUGCAUUCUUGCCUUACCUAGAAAAUCGACAGAUGGAUCCUUUUAGAUAUGAUGCGCUCUAUAAGGGUGUUGUGUCCUUGAAUGGACUGCCAACAGAAUUAGGCGGUACAGGCAAUCGUGAUGCUGCGUUUGGACAUUCAUAUUAUAAUGAUCAUCAUUAUCAUCAAGGAUAUCUUAUAGUAACAGCUGCCAUUAUUCACUAUCUUGAUCCUGUAUGGAACACCAAUCAAAUUAGAAAAUGGACCGAGGCUCUCAUUCAGGACGUCAACUGUCAAGCUAGUGAUAAUGCAGAUUUUGCUCAGUUCCGUAACUGGGAUUGGUUUGCAGGGCACAGUUGGGCUGGAGGCAUAAAGGUGAAUGGAGCACUGGAUGGUCGAGACCAAGAGUCUGUGCCUGAGUCUGUCAACUUUUACUGGGGAGUGAAGCUCUGGGGCCUGGCUACAAAGAAUACAGAUUUGGUAAAACUUGCAAACCUUCAGUUGGCUGUUAUGAAGAGAGCGACCUAUGAGUACUUUUGGAUGUUGGAUAGUAACGAGAAUAGGCCGCCAGCCAUGGUAAAGAACAAGGUUGCUGGCAUCUUUUUUGAGCAAAAGAUAGACUAUACUACUUAUUUCGGAAGAUUCAUUGAAUACAUUCAUGGCAUUCAACAACUACCGAUGACACCUAUAUUAGCAGAAUAUAUGAGAACGCCUCAAUUUGUGGCUGAAGAAUGGGACCAAAAGUUAAAAGAUGUUGCGCCUACUGUGGAUAACCCAUGGUCAGGGGUCCUCUAUUUGAAUUAUGCAAUGAUCAAUCCAGCUGAUGCUUAUCCUUUAUUAAGAACUGCUCAAAUGGAUGAUGGACAAACUCGAUCGUACUCGUUGUAUCUUGCAGCAACACGACCCAGCUUCUAUAGACGAUGUAAUAACUAUAAAAUUCUAUGAAAAAACUAAACUAAAUUCUUUUCUAUAUAGCAUUUUCACGUUUCCUGAAAGAAAAGAUGAAAAGUAUGCUGUCAUCAAGCGUGCGAUGAAGAGUGUAAAGCUUAAAUUAUCAUUAGAAUUAACUUAUAUGGAAUAAAAUUAAGGGUUGGAACAAUCCAUGACAAAAUGCAC